AUGUUUGAGUCAGCCCUACAAGAGUACCAGGAUCUACGCAAGCUCAUUUUCCGGGCCGAACAUGCGUUCCUCAAGAGCAAUGCAACGGAUGUUUCUUCCUUCGCCAUGAAUCUUACGAUAGACGCCUUGACUUGGUGCGUUCACCUGACGUUGUCUACAGCGGUCUUCUCUGAUGUGGUACUCAGGAUCUCUGGCAACUGGCCUUGGGAGAUUGAGGCUUUGCAUGCCAAGUACGGCGAUAUUGUGAGAAUCGGCCCCAAUGAGCUCUCCUUCGCUCAUCCACAAUCAAUCAAGGACAUUUAUGGACAGCCAAACAUCAAACAUCCACAAUUCUUCACCAAGUUUGCUACUUUCUACAAGCAGACCGACGUUGGCGGCUCGAUCGGUACUGAAGUUGAUCCUGUUGUACACCAAGGCAUCAGAAAGCGUUUGGCUCCCGGUUUCAGCGUCACAGCUCUUGGAAAACAGAGUGACAUCGUGGUGCGUCACAUCGAUUCAUUGCUCGACCAGAUCUCGAUUUUCGGUCAGAACUCGGAGGGCAUGAACAUGAGCCAAUGGUUCAUGUGGCUUGCCUUUGAUGUGAUCGUGGAUCUCUCUUUCGGCGAAGAGCUGGGUACGGUAGAGCAAGGCCAGGGAAAUGACUGGAUCAAUAUGCUGGCCAACAGUGGCUUCCAGAUCGCCCUUGGUUAUGUUGUCCGCCGUAGGUUUAGAGCGCUUCAGAACGUCGUCAGGCUCUGUCUUGUCAACGAGAAGAGCAAAUCCAUGCGCAAUAAGUAUGUUGCGAAUUCUCGCGAGAAGGCCAGUCAGCGGUUGCGGAGGGGAGCAGAUGUCGAGCGCUUCGACUUUUUCAGUCAUCUGUUGCGAGAGAAGGCCAUUGAGGCAAACAUCGACUUCUUUGCAUCGCAAGGCACCACACUUGUUGCCGCCGGCACCGAGACAACAUCCACAUUCAUGUCUGCUCUGACCUACUACCUACUCCAGAACCCGCGGUCCUUACAGCGACUCCAAAAUGAGUUGAGACAAACUUUCAGGCAGCACAGUGAGAUUAAUAGCGAGACGACAAAGCCGUUGAAGUAUUUGAAUGCCGCAAUAGAAGAAGGCAUGCGCGUCUUUGCACCUGCGCCCUUUGGCUUACCGAGAGUGAGUCCAGGCGCCGACGUGGUGGGUGAAUGGAUACCCAGAGGCACUGUCGUUGCCACCGCGGCGCAUGUCACUUCUAGAGACGAGAGAUGGUUCCACAAGGCAAAAGAGUUCCACCCCGAACGAUGGCUCCAGUCUGAUCACCCGCACUAUGAGCCCAUCUUCGGCAAUGAUUGCAAGGAGGCUUCAAAACCGUUUUCCGUGGGCCCCAGAUCUUGUAUCGGCAGUCAUUUGUCGUACAUGGAAGUACGAGUUUGCAUUGCGAAGUUAGCCUGGGCCUUCGAUUGGGAGCAAGUCAACGUCAACGAGGAUUUCGUUAGAGACGCCCGCCUUCUGGGACUUUGGAAAGCGGCCCCAUUCCACGUCAGAUAUCUCCCUUUCCAGGGUGUAUCUGUUUAG